UCAGCCGGUCUAUCAUAAACCGUCAUUCUCGAUCUAUCGACUCGCGAGCUUCUUCCUUCUUCCUUCUUCCUUCUUCUGGUGCGAUCCAUCUCCUCCUUUUCUAUCUGCGCGCGGGUGUGAGUGAGACUUUUGGCGGGAAAAUGUCGGGGAAAGGAGCGAAAGGAUUGAUAAUGGGGAAACCUAGCGGUAGCGAGAAGGACAAGGACAAGAAGAAACAACCCAUCACCCGUUCUGCUCGAGCUGGUCUUCAGUUCCCUGUAGGUAGGGUGCAUAGGCUGUUGAAGACUAGGUCCACUGCUCAUGGAAGGGUUGGAGCAACUGCAGCUGUCUACACAGCAGCCAUAUUGGAGUAUCUGACCGCAGAAGUUUUGGAGCUGGCUGGGAACGCGAGCAAGGACCUGAAGGUGAAACGUAUCUCCCCCAGGCACUUGCAGCUUGCGAUUCGUGGAGAUGAAGAGCUAGAUACUCUCAUCAAAGGAACUAUAGCUGGUGGUGGUGUCAUCCCUCACAUCCACAAGUCUCUCAUCAACAAAUCCGCCAAGGAAUAGUUUCUUACCACUCUUUGUUUCUCUGUUUCUUAAGUUUUUCGAGAGAGAGUCUGUGUUUCAUAAAGAAGACGCUAGAGUGCUCUUUUGUAGGAGUCGUUUGUUAUUGUUCCAUCAGCGUACUGUGUUAGAGACGCUUGUUGAUUUAUCUAUCUUUAUGCAUAUGUAUUCGAUGAUUGUCUAAACCCCAUUUCUGACUUACCU